GACGGGGUUUCACUGUGUUAGCCAGCAUGGUCUCGCUCUCUUGACCUCGUGAUCCACCUGCCUUAGCCUCCCAAAGUGCUGGGAUUACCGACAUGAGCCAUCAUCACACCCAGCCAAUUGCCUUUUUUUUUUUUUUUAAAAAAAAAAAAAAAGAGUCAGCAGAUUGGUAAAUCUUAGAAAUGCUCUAUCUUUUAUUCAUCAAGGCGUUUGACAAAAGCUGUCAUUUGUUCAUAGCAAAUCCAAAGUCAUCAGAAGAGUUAUUCCCCAAGAAUGUUGACUCCAGGUCACUGGGAUAAGCUACUUUCAGAAAGAGGAAAAGCAAGUUCAAAUUAUUGACUUUCACUGAAUCUAAGUCACCAUCCACUGUAAAUGCACUACUAUUUUAUAUACAGCUGAGAAACAAAAAGUGCCAAAUAAACUAAGAUACACUAUUGAUUGUAAGCUGCCACCCAAUUUCAGAGAUGCUAAAAUGUGAGGAAAAAUGUGUGUCUUAGAAUGUGUUCAUCCCUUCUAAUUGUUCGCCCAGACCCCAUCUGGACCAUCUAUGUGGAGGCUGAGAUUUCUGUUUCUCUCAUCCUCUUCAUUCCUUCCUUCACUUCAUCCUGAUGGGAACAGUAUAUUUUGUAAGACAUAGUAAAAAAGCCAAUAUUUUUACCAUAGCAACUCUUUGACAAUAUGCUAUGGGAGAUGGUGCAAAGGUAGAUUUGGGACUCCAUCCUAACGAAUUUGGAUCACUUAAACGUACUCCUAUGGCAGAAAGUAAGGAAUUUCAUCUAUCCUUUCAGGGAGGAUCCAGGAAAUUUUGGGCACAGAGUAAAGAGGUCAGGACACCAAAGGGAGAAGUGGCUCCAUGAGGCCUUCAGGGAAUGAAACAAAUGAAAACAUCUUCAGAAGAAAGCUAUGCUUUGGGACAUCUUUUGGUCUCUGUGUGGUUGUGGUGAAAUGAUAGUGCACUGGUUUCCUUCUUAUAAUAAAUUAUGCCUGCACCUUUCCAUAGAUUGCUGAGCAUGUGAACCAUUUUGACUGCUACAGAUUAAGGGAGAUGUUGACAAAAGGAAAAUAUCUAGACCAAUACUUCUCAAGCAAUGGUUUGCAAAUCAUGAACACCAGGGAGUUCUUUGCCCCUGUGGGCACAUUGUGGGGUGAGGGGCAGGUGGAAGAGACCUGAGCAGGAAGGCCUUAGAAAUCCAUUCCAGCUCCUCUUUUAUGGGUUUUUGUCUGUUUGCCUACUACACGGGUGUUCUGAGAGCAAAGUGGUGCCUGGACCAUUUUUAGAUUUGUAGAUGCCCUACUCAUAGGUCUAUUUUCCCAUCUUUAGAGUUAGCUAUUACAAGCUGACAGGCUAUGGUUAGGACAAACAUUUAUAAUCAGACCUUACCGUCAUCACCAGACACUCGCUAUAUUUGAAAAUUCCUUGAAUUCAGAGCUCCAGCCUAAUGGCCCCCCUACUCUCUGCCCUUCCUUGAAGGUCCUGCUUCUGGGUAAGAUAUGAUUUUCUAUCUAAAUAGGCUACCUCGCUAAAAUAAUUUUGAAAGUCGCUAAUUUAAAACAGUGAUUCUAAAACAUAGUCAAACAUCGUUAUAAGUUGAUAACACAAUAUCAUUGAUAUUACAAUACAGAUUCUUGGGUCCCACCCCAGACCAACUGAGUCAGAUUCUCUGGCUGUUGUAACAGGUGAGCUGUCUAUCACUGGAAGUGUUCUCAUCAUGGUACAUGAUCAGGUUUCAGCCAAGUUCAUGGAAGUUCCUUUAUUGGGAGUUCCUUUAAAUUAGAAAAGCUCUCUAAUAUGACCUCCAAUAUUAUGAGUCUCUGAUUUUAUCACUAGACUGGAAAUCAGGAUUUCUCCCCUAAAUUCUCUGCGUUUAGCACUAGUGAACUGUAACAACAGGGGUAUGCAACGGAGUGUUAAGUAUCCCAGGAAUAUUUCUAGUACUUUAACAGGAAUAAGACUUCAUGAUAAUUAUGCUUUGGUUCCGAAAUAUUUCCCAGACAGAAGAAAUCAAUAUAACUAAUUAAAGAAUGGAGAGAAACAAUGCAAGAAUAAUUUGAAUUCAUCUUUCAGUUGCAGAGAUAAUAAAUUCUUACAUGUUAAUAUGGAGUAGCUAUUGAUACAUUACAAAACUAAUAAUAAAACUUCAACUCAGCAGGCGUUACAAUGCUUCCCAGCAUCUUCUCCAUUCUCUGCCUCAUGUUUUUGUCCUCUUCACUCUAUGCCAGGGAUAGGUAGCAUAAGCUCUGUUUCUCUCAGGAUGAACUCUUUGUGUGAGCCAUUCCUGACCAAGUUGUGUGUGCAUGUGUUCCUUCAUCCAACAAAUCUCCAUCGAGCCCUUGGUUUGAAAAAUGCCUUAAGUUUCGUGAUAGGACUAGAAACGUGAAGGACAGAAUCCUAUUCCUUCAGGUGGAGAGGCAAAUAAGGGAUUCCAGCGAUCAAGCUUCCAUAAACCCAAAAUCUAAUUAUGAGUCCUCUUUUCCUUAAUCCCAACCACACAUGCCCAACCCAUUCCCUGGGACUUCUGCCUGCAUUUCUCAAUCACACUCCAAUUCCUAUGCUUUGUUAGCAGCCCUGCCAUGAGACCCAUUUCCCUUGGUUGAAACUCUACUAAGAGAUCCCACUUCAUUCUCCUGGGUCAAACCUUAAAGCAGGAUCAAACUGAGAAGCCUCUUGCAAUUUCCUCCUCCCUAGCCCCACGCUGCUACCUGUCUGAUUUUGAUGUAAGUAGAGUGUGAAACUGCCUUUGCAAAAUUAUAACUGAGGAAAUCAUGACAGUGAAAGAUAUCAGAUCUAACCGACUCCAUCUUGCUUCUAACCUUUAAGCUGUCCUUGUUCAUUCCUGGGAAUAGGCCAAACUAACUUUGAGAAGGAAUUCAGUUUGUGGUUUGACUCUGAAACAAAAUUGCCAAUAGCCCUUUCCCAAAAAGACCCCCUUUUGCCUGGGGACCAGUCUGCCUUUGCUGGACUAACAAAUUAGCUGCAAGAUUAGAAAUUAUAGUUUAGGGGUCAUGCAGCCUCUGGCUCCAAGAGACUGAACCUCCCCAAAUUGCUCCUGGGGAUAGCAUCACUAUUGUGAAACCUAAGAUCAGUGCUUGAGAUAUUUUGCAGACCCUGCACUCCAUGGAUCAGUUGACACCACCCAGACCAGUAAUCUGGCUCAAGCGGUUCUGCUAUGCCACCCAGGAACAGAAAACAGCAAGAAAACCUCAUUUCAAUCCCCUAUGACUCCAUCUCCAACCUGACCAAUAAGCACUCCCCACUUGUCAAACCCCUACCUGCCAAAUUAUCUUUAAAGACUCUGAUCCCCUAAUGUUCAGGGAGGCUGAUUUGAAUAAUAACAAAACUCUGGUCUCUUGUCUCUGCGUGACUUACUCUUUCUCCAUUGCAAUUCCCUUGUCUUGAUAAAUUGGCUCUGUUUAUGCAACAGGCAAGGUGAACCCACUGGGCAGCUACAAGUAGAUCUCACCAUUCUGAGGGUAUAGAUGGAGUCAUGGUAACCAUAGUAACUCAUUUUGGUUAUCAUAUCAAUCCAUAGGUAUGGAUUCCAAUCUAUGUUAUGGAAUUUUCAACAUUUUCCAUUUUGGACGCUUGUAUUCCUUUAUGCUAAUAAUUGCCAGACCUGAAGGCAAUCUAAGAAACUGACCAGACAUUGUCCUCAAAAUUGCCCUUCUUUUUGAGCAAGAUUUUUUCCCAGGGUCACAUACCUGGUCAUUUCCUCCUUUAGGAUAAAUUCGCAAUCUUGUCUCAUGAUGAAAAUUGUCUUCUGACUGGUGGUCAAUUUUCUUAAGCCAGCUUGAGGUAGUUUCUAAACUUGCAACAGAGAAUGCUAACUUUUCUCAGUUGUGUGAGUUAGCACCUGAUCUAAUCUGUUCAUUGGAACCACGUGUUAGGUUCAUUUGAGUUACUAUGGUUACUGUGGUCAAUUGACCGACCACUAGUCUCAUCAGCUCCCUGAAUAUACUCACUGCAUCAGGCUCCUUGGGAUAUGUGCAUCGCUUCAAGUCAAGCUCAAAUUUGCCAGACUCCUGUGGAGGCUGUUAUGGUUUGAAUGAUGCCCCCUACCUCAAGAAGAUAUGUUCAAGUCCUAACUCUCAGAAUCUCAGGAAUGUGACCUUAUUUGAAAAUAGGGUCAUUACAGAUUCUAAUUAGUUAAGAUGAAGUCAUAUUGUAGUAGGGUGGGCCCCUAAUCCAAUAAAAGUGGUGUUCUUAUAAAAGGAGGGAAAUUUGGACACGAACGUGUACAGAUGCAAGACCACGUGAAGACACGGAGAAUGUUACCUGAUGACACAGCAGAGAUCGGUGUUACGCAGCUGCAGGCCAUGGAGGCUACUAAAGGCUGGAAGAGACAAGAGAGGAUCCUCUCACGGGUUUCAGAGGGAGCAUGGUUCUGCCAACCCCUUGACUUUGAACUUCCCGCUUCCAGAAAGGUUAGUCUGAAUGAUUCCCACAAUCAGAUGGUGGUGCACUGGGCUGGAGAGAAAAGCAACGUGAUCGUGGCCUUGGCCCGAGAUAGCCUGGCAUUGGCGAGGCCCAAGAGCAGUGAUGUGUACGUGUCUUAUGACUAUGGAAGAUCAUUCAAGAAAAUUUCAGAGAAGUUAAACUUCGGCGCGGGAAAUAAGAGUGAAGCUGUGAUCGCCCAGUUCUACCACAGCCCUGCGGACAACAAGCGGUACAUCUUUGCAGACGCUUAUGCCCAGUACCUCUGGAUCACGUUUGACUUCUGCAACACUCUCCAAGGCUUUUCCAUCCCAUUUCGGGCAGCUGAUCUCCUCCUACACAGUAAGGCCUCCAACCUUCUCUUGGGCUUCGACAGGUCCCACCCCAACAAGCAGCUGUGGAAGUCAGAUGACUUUGGCCAGACCUGGAUCAUGAUUCAGGAACAUGUCAAGUCCUUUUCUUGGGGAAUUGAUCCCUAUGACAAACCAAAUACCAUCUACAUUGAACGACAUGAACCCUCUGGCUACUCCACUGUUUUCCGAAGUACAGAUUUCUUCCAGUCCCGGGAAAACCAGGAAGUGAUCCUUGAGGAAGUGAGAGAUUUUCAGCUUCGGGACAAGUACAUGUUUGCUACAAAGGUGGUGCAUCUCUUGGGCAGUCAACAGCAGUCUUCUGUCCAGCUCUGGGUCUCCUUUGGCCGGAAGCCCAUGCAAGCAGCACAGUUUGUCACAAGACAUCCUAUUAAUGAAUAUUACAUCGCAGAUGCCUCCGAGGACCAGGUGUUUGUGUGUGUCAGCCACAGUAACAACCGCACCAAUUUAUACAUCUCAGAGGCAGAGGGGCUGAAGUUCUCCCUGUCCUUGGAAAACGUGCUCUAUUACAGCCCAGGAGGCGCCGGCAGUGACACCUUGGUGAGGUAUUUUGCAAAUGAGCCAUUUGCUGACUUCCACCGAGUGGAAGGAUUGCAAGGAGUCUAUAUUGCUACUCUGAUUAAUGGUUCUAUGAAUGAGGAGAACAUGAGAUCGGUCAUCACCUUUGACAAAGGGGGAACCUGGGAAUUUCUUCAGGCUCCAGCCUUCACGGGAUAUGGAGAGAAAAUCAAUUGUGAGCUUUCCCAGGGCUGUUCCCUUCAUCUGGCUCAGCGCCUCAGUCAGCUCCUCAACCUCCAGCUCCGGAGAAUGCCCAUCCUGUCCAAGGAGUCAGCUCCAGGCCUCAUCAUCGCCACUGGCUCAGUGGGAAAGAACUUGGCUAGCAAGACAAACGUGUACAUCUCUAGCAGUGCUGGAGCCAGGUGGCGAGAGGCACUUCCUGGACCUCACUACUACACAUGGGGAGACCACGGCGGAAUCAUCAUGGCCAUUGCCCAGGGCAUGGAAACCAACGAGCUAAAAUACAGUACCAAUGAAGGGGAGACCUGGAAAACAUUCAUCUUCUCUGAGAAGCCAGUGUUUGUGUAUGGCCUCCUCACAGAACCUGGGGAGAAGAGCACUGUCUUCACCAUCUUUGGCUCGAACAAAGAGAACGUCCACAGCUGGCUGAUCCUGCAGGUCAAUGCCACAGAUGCCUUGGGAGUUCCCUGCACAGAGAAUGACUACAAGCUGUGGUCACCAUCCGAUGAGCGGGGGAAUGAGUGUUUGCUGGGACACAAGACUGUUUUCAAACGGAGGACCCCCCAUGCCACAUGCUUCAAUGGAGAGGACUUUGACAGGCCGGUGGUCGUGUCCAACUGCUCCUGCACCCGGGAGGACUAUGAAUGUGACUUCGGUUUCAAGAUGAGUGAAGAUUUGUCAUUAGAGGUUUGUGUUCCAGAUCUGGAAUUUUCUGGAAAGUCAUACUCCCCUCCUGUGCCUUGCCCUGUGGGUUCUACUUACAGGAGAACGAGAGGCUACCGGAAGAUUUCUGGGGACACUUGUAGUGGAGGAGAUGUUGAAGCACGACUGGAAGGAGAGCUGGUCCCCUGUCCCCUGGCAGAAGAGAACGAGUUCAUUCUGUAUGCUGUGCGGAAAUCCAUCUACCGCUAUGACCUGGCCUCGGGAGCCACCGAGCAGUUGCCUCUCUCUGGGCUACGGGCAGCAGUGGCCCUGGACUUUGACUAUGAGCACAACUGUUUGUAUUGGUCCGACCUGGCCUUGGACAUCAUCCAGCGCCUCUGUUUGAAUGGAAGCACAGGGCAAGAGGUGAUCAUCAAUUCUGGCCUGGAGACAGUAGAAGCUUUGGCUUUUGAACCCCUCAGCCAGCUGCUUUACUGGGUAGAUGCGGGCUUCAAAAAGAUUGAGGUAGCUAAUCCAGAUGGCGACUUCCGACUCACAAUCGUCAAUUCCUCUGUGCUCGAUCGUCCCAGGGCUCUGGUCCUCGUGCCCCAAGAGGGGGUGAUGUUCUGGACAGACUGGGGAGACCUGAAGCCUGGGAUUUAUCGGAGUAAUAUGGAUGGUUCUGCUGCCUAUCGCCUGGUGUCAGAGGAUGUGAAGUGGCCCAAUGGCAUCUCUGUGGACGACCAAUGGAUUUACUGGACGGACGCCUACCUGGACUGCAUAGAGCGGAUCACGUUCAGUGGCCAGCAGCGCUCUGUCAUUCUGGACAACCUCCCGCACCCCUAUGCCAUUGCUGUCUUUAAGAAUGAAAUCUACUGGGAUGACUGGUCACAGCUCAGCAUAUUCCGAGCUUCCAAAUACAGUGGGUCCCAGGUGGAGAUUCUGGCAAACCAGCUCACGGGGCUCAUGGACAUGAAGAUUUUCUACAAGGGGAAGAACACUGGAAGCAAUGCCUGUGUGCCCAGGCCAUGCAGCCUGCUGUGCCUGCCCAAGGCCAACAACAGUAGAAGCUGCAGGUGUCCAGAGGGCGUGUCCAGCAGUGUGCUUCCUUCAGGGGACCUGAUGUGUGACUGCCCUCAGGGCUAUCAGCUCAAGAACAAUACCUGUGUCAAAGAAGAGAACACCUGUCUCCGCAACCAGUAUCACUGCAGCAACGGGAACUGUAUCAACAGCAUUUGGUGGUGUGACUUCGACAACGACUGUGGAGACAUGAGCGAUGAGAGAAACUGCCCUACCACCAUCUGUGACCUGGACACCCAGUUUCGUUGCCACGAGUCUGGGACUUGUAUCCCACUCUCCUAUAAAUGUGACCUUGAGGAUGACUGUGGAGACAACAGUGAUGAAAGUCAUUGUGAAAUGCACCAGUGCCGGAGUGACGAGUACAACUGCAGUUCCGGCAUGUGCAUCCGCUCCUCCUGGGUAUGUGACGGGGACAACGACUGCAGGGACUGGUCUGACGAAGCCAACUGUACCGCCAUCUAUCACACCUGUGAGGCCUCCAACUUCCAGUGCCGAAAUGGGCACUGCAUCCCCCAGCGGUGGGCGUGUGAUGGGGAUACAGACUGCCAGGAUGGUUCCGAUGAGGAUCCAGUCAACUGUGAGAAGAAGUGCAAUGGAUUCCGCUGCCCAAAUGGCACUUGCAUCCCAUCCAGCAAACAUUGUGAUGGUCUGCGUGAUUGCUCUGAUGGCUCCGAUGAACAGCACUGCGAGCCCCUCUGUACGCACUUCAUGGACUUCGUGUGUAAGAACCGCCAGCAGUGCCUAUUCCACUCUAUGGUCUGUGACGGAAUCAUCCAGUGCCGCGACGGGUCCGAUGAGGAUGCAGCGUUUGCGGGAUGCUCCCAAGAUCCUGAGUUCCACAAGGUUUGUGAUGAGUUCGGUUUCCAGUGUCAGAAUGGAGUGUGCAUCAGUUUGAUUUGGAAGUGUGACGGGAUGGAUGAUUGCGGCGAUUAUUCUGAUGAAGCCAACUGCGAAAACCCCACAGAAGCCCCAAACUGCUCCCGCUACUUCCAGUUUCGGUGUGAGAAUGGCCACUGCAUCCCCAACAGAUGGAAAUGCGACAGGGAGAACGACUGUGGGGACUGGUCUGAUGAGAAGGAUUGUGGAGAUUCACAUAUUCUUCCCUUCUCGACUCCUGGGCCCUCCACGUGUCUGCCCAAUUACUACCGCUGCAGCAGUGGGACCUGCGUGAUGGACACCUGGGUGUGCGACGGGUACCGAGAUUGUGCAGAUGGCUCUGAUGAGGAAGCCUGCCCCUCGCUUGCAAAUGUCACUGCUGCCUCCACUCCCACCCAACUUGGGCGAUGUGACCGAUUUGAGUUCGAAUGCCACCAACCAAAGAAGUGUAUUCCCAACUGGAAGCGCUGUGAUGGCCACCGAGAUUGCCAGGAUGGCCGGGACGAGGCCAAUUGCCCCACACACAGCACCUUGACUUGCAUGAGCAGGGAGUUCCAGUGCGAGGAUGGGGAGGCCUGCAUUGUGCUCUCGGAGCGCUGCGACGGCUUCCUGGACUGCUCAGACGAGAGCGACGAGAAGGCCUGCAGUGAUGAGUUGACUGUGUACAAAGUACAGAAUCUUCAGUGGACAGCUGACUUCUCUGGGGAUGUGACUUUGACCUGGAUGCGGCCCAAAAAAAUGCCCUCUGCUUCUUGUGUAUAUAAUGUCUACUACAGGGUGGUUGGAGAGAGCAUAUGGAAGACUCUGGAGACCCACAGCAAUAAGACAAACACUGUAUUAAAAGUCCUGAAACCAGAUACCACGUAUCAGGUUAAAGUACAGGUUCAGUGUCUCAGCAAGGCACACAACACCAAUGACUUUGUGACCCUGAGGACCCCAGAAGGAUUGCCAGAUGCUCCUCGAAAUCUCCAGCUGUCACUCCCCAGGGAAGCAGAAGGUGUGAUUGUAGGCCACUGGGCUCCUCCCAUCCACACCCAUGGCCUCAUCCGUGAGUACAUUGUAGAAUACAGCAGGAGUGGUUCCAAGAUGUGGGCCUCCCAGAGGGCUGCUAGUAACUUUACAGAAAUCAAGAACUUAUUGGUCAACACUCUAUACACCGUCAGAGUGGCUGCGGUGACUAGUCGUGGAAUAGGAAACUGGAGCGAUUCUAAAUCCAUUACCACCAUAAAAGGAAAAGUGAUCCCACCACCAGAUAUCCACAUUGACAGCUAUGGUGAAAAUUAUCUAAGCUUCACCCUGACCAUGGAGAGUGAUAUCAAGGUGAAUGGCUAUGUGGUGAACCUUUUCUGGGCAUUUGACACCCACAAGCAAGAGAGGAGAACUUUGAACUUCCGAGGAAGCAUAUUGUCACACAAAGUUGGCAAUCUGACAGCUCAUACGUCCUAUGAGAUUUCUGCCUGGGCCAAGACUGACUUGGGGGAUAGCCCUCUGGCAUUUGAGCAUGUCGUGACCAGAGGGGUUCGCCCACCUGCACCUAGCCUCAAGGCCAAAGCCAUCAACCAGACUGCAGUGGAAUGUACCUGGACCGGCCCCCGGAAUGUGGUUUAUGGUAUUUUCUAUGCCACGUCCUUUCUUGACCUCUAUCGCAACCCGAGGAGCUUGACUACUUCACUCCAUAACAAGACGGUCCUUGUCAGUAAGGAUGAGCAGUAUUUGUUUCUGGUCCGGGUAGUGGUACCCUACCAGGGGCCGUCCUCUGACUACGUUGUAGUGAAGAUGAUCCCGGACAGCAGGCUUCCACCCCGUCACCUGCAUGUGGUUCAUACGGGCAAAACCUCCGUGGUCAUCAAGUGGGAAUCACCGUAUGACUCUCCUGACCAGGACUUGUUGUAUGCAAUUGCAGUUAAAGAUCUAAUAAGAAAGACUGACAGGAGCUACAAAGUAAAAUCCCGUAAUAGUACUGUGGAAUACACCCUUAACAAGUUGGAACCUGGCGGGAAAUACCACAUCAUUGUCCAACUGGGGAACAUGAGCAAAGAUUCCAGCAUAAAAAUUACCACAGUGUCAUUAUCAGCACCUGAUGCCUUAAAAAUCAUAACAGAAAAUGACCAUGUUCUUCUAUUUUGGAAAAGCCUGGCUUUAAAGGAAAAGCAUUUUAAUGAAAGCAGGGGCUAUGAGAUACACAUGUUUGAUAGUGCCAUGAAUAUCACAGCUUACCUUGGGAAUACUACUGACAAUUUCUUUAAAAUUUCCAACCUGAAGAUGGGUCAUAAUUACACGUUCACUGUCCAAGCAAGAUGCCUUUUUGGCAGCCAGAUCUGUGGGGAGCCUGCCAUCCUGCUGUAUGAUGAGCUGGGGUCUGGUGCAGAUGCAUCCGCAAUGCAGGCUGCCAGAUCUACGGAUGUUGCUGCUGUGGUGGUGCCCAUCUUAUUCCUGAUACUGCUGAGCCUGGGGGUGGGGUUUGCCAUCCUGUACACGAAGCACCGGAGGCUGCAGAGCAGCUUCACUGCCUUCGCCAACAGCCACUACAGCUCCAGGCUGGGGUCCGCCAUCUUCUCCUCUGGGGAUGACCUGGGGGAAGAUGAUGAAGAUGCUCCUAUGAUAACUGGAUUUUCAGAUGACGUCCCCAUGGUGAUAGCCUGAAAGAGCUUUCCUCACUAGAAACCAAAUGGUGUAAAUAUUUUAUUUGAUAAAGAUAGUUGAUGGUUUAUUUUAAAAGAUGCACUUUGAGUUGCAAUAUGUUAUUUUUAUAUGGGCCAAAAUCAAAAAACAAAAAAAAAAAAAAAAAGGAAAGAAAAGAAUGAAUAAACUUUGUAGUAAUCAACUGUGAACUUCAAACCAGGUUGAUUUUAGUAACCAAAUUGCUUUGAUUUGACAUUAAUGUAGUCUUACAGGGCUGUGCUUGCUGGGCAUGCUUUUAAGUCUGUGAGAUAAUUUCGGUUCAGUAAAAUUGGCCAAUCUUUUUAUUUUUCUAAGACACAGAAAUGUAUUUAAUAAAAACCUCGAGAGAGUGAUGGGUGGAACCCCUUCUCCUUGAAAGUGUGUGCAGAUAUUCCAUUUUGUUUGGAUAUAGUUUAUAGGAAAGUGUGUGGGUGUAUUAUGGGGGAAGGUUUCUUUAUGUUAUUUUGUUAAUUUAUUGGGACUCUGUGUAAGGCCAGGCUUUAGUGGUCAUUAGACACCACAUGUGUUAUGAGCCCCUUACCCAUAGGGUUGGGGGUGGGAACAGAAGCAUUUUUUUGUUGCCAUUCCAGAAGCAAUCCAUUUUUAUUCACUUGUGUGUCAUGUAAUGGUCUUUGGCAGGAGAGAGCACUGAGUCAUUGCUGGAGUUCAGUUAAAUAGAGCUGCAGCUUGGGAAGCCCUGUAAGCCCACAGCUUCCUCUCUUAUAUUAAUUGAUGGAAUUUUACUGUAUGUGCCUCUGUACAAGAUGUAGCUUUGAGAGCUACAGAAUGAUAACACUGCUUUAUUACACACUGGUUUCAUUGUCAUUGCAAAAACUUACCCUGGUUGUGGGGGAGAGUUCUAGAUCUGUGCCAUGAUCCAUACACUGGCUAAUAGAGUACAUAAUUUUUCCAUUUUCCAUUUUUUGUUUUUACUUACUACUGAAGGAUCUCAAAUGUAAAGUUAUGUAUUUGGUUUGAGAUGGCCACUUAUUGUCCUUAAAAAUCCAUACUGAUAUAUGCUGUCAUUUUGAAUUGGGUCAGUGCCUUCUCUUUUUUUUUUCUCUUCUUCCAUCUCCCUCACCCAUGCCCCUACCCAAUCUAAAGAGACAGUGCUGUACACUCUCAUAGAGAUAGAGAAGAUCUAAAAAGUUGAGACUACUCAAUCCAGUUAACAACAGCAGGAGCACUAGAGUUUGUUCAUUCAUUCUCUCUGUAAAACAAGCUGUGCUUUUUUUUCUUCUGCCUUUAAAAUGCCACCCGUGUAUUCAAACCAUGGCCACUUGAUAGUUAUGUAGAAUGCAUCGUGGGCUGAUGCCAACCCUUUAGGCUUAGCGUUGUAGGCACCAAUGUCUAGCAUCGUUGUGACUUGUACUGUAUGAUUCUCACUGAAGAAUUUCCUUUCAGCCAAGAAGCAGUGAGGUCUGGGAAUAUUCCAAAGUCGUGUCUCUGAAUAUGUGUCCUUGAUAUGCAAGCUUUGUAAAACCCCAUCCCCCCUUAGGUGCGAUGCAUCACCUUCUCACAAGUGUUUAGUUUCUUUUAACCACAAGUAUCAUUCUUGGGUGAUAAUAUAGUUUCAUUCUACUUAGGGAUUGUUUGGAAAACAAAGAAAGAGCCAAUUAAAUUUUUUAGUUUUUGAAAUUUUUAUUUAUAUAUAUAUACUUAGAUGAGUAUUUUAAGCUGUCGACCUUUAGUUUGCCAUACGGGUAGGACUGUAUUUCAUUUUAACAACUGGUGGUAAUGAUAAGCCUUCUUUUAGUGUAUUUUCUCUUCUUUCCUGUCACUCUCCUUCUUUAAGUUUUUUUUUUUAAAGACUGGAUUUUUUUUGGCUUUAUCUUGUCUUACCGUAGAGAUUUGUUCAAAACUCUAAGCCCUACCACCUCCUCUUUAAUAAGCUCUUUAAAUAGUUGAAUCAUUAACAACCUGGUGGGAGGCAAGUCAUGUAAUUGAACCACUAGGAAGUGUAUUUUCUUUUCUUUUUCUGCCAACUUUUUGGUGGCAUUUGUAAAAGCUGAUAUAAAAGGCUCUGAGAUGUUAUUUUCAGUUAUUCCAUAGGCAAGCCUUUUUACAGAGCAUAUGUCUCCAGUUGGCAGCUUGAGAUAUUUUCGAGCAUCCAGUUCUAGCUACCAGUGCCUCCCAAUGCUUAGUGCACAGUACUGUAGACUGGCCAUCACCCCUCUCCUUGGAAAAUGCCACUGUGCUGUUUGAAAAAAAGCAGCCUUUUAGGGCUAGAGUAUUUUAUAUAAACAGAAGAGCUAAGUUCCUGAAGACUAAGCUAGAUAGCUGCAGCUAUAUGUAAAUUGUAUAUUUUUAUGAACUUUGAAGCACACACUCCUGUUUCCCUCUGUGUAGCUUUGUGGGGAUUUCAUGUAUAUAUGCUCUCUGAAAGAAUCCAGAGGUUGGAGUGCCAAUAGGAAAUGAAGACAAAUGCCUUGUACUAUGGGCAGCCUUUGAAGGUGACCAGAUAACUGUCUUCACUGUGACCAAUCAGAGUCCCUGCUUGCUUGUGAAGAAGCGGCUUUUGUACCUUGUUGGAAAUGGCACCUCAGAAGUUCCCACUGUGCAGGAAAAAGGUUUUAUUCUCUCCUGGCAUACAUUAGAAUGUCAGAUGCUUGCAUCCAUGUGGACCACGAUGGACCUCUAAAAAUUGGUGGGCAGGGGGUUUGCUUAUGAGUUUUCUCUGGAAACCGAUUUUACUCCUGGAUGUAUUGAAUGCCCGUUGAGCUUUAUGAGUCCACAUGGAUAAAAUGUCAGAGAAUGGAGUUCUACAGAGGAUUCCAGGAAGAGACCAUGUCUGUGCAGUCCUAGUUCCAGACAGGUGAGAAGCUCCAGGAACUACUGGCUACCUUGACAAGCUGGGUAAAUAGUUAUCAUUCUGGGUAACUGGUUGAAACUCUGACUUUUGGACAAGUAAUUCCUGGGGUUCUGUCUUUGGUAGCUUCACCAGGGAUAUUUGGGUGGGACAGACAGGAGACACACAGCUACCUGUUCUCUCCUGCCCAUCCUGUUUGGCCCACUAGAUGAAGCUGUACUCAGCAAUUUAGGGAAUGUAACCCUUCUCAGAACUGGCCAUUUUCAGGUGAAGCUUGGGAGAGCAAUAGUAUGGUGAGCCCCUUACAGAUGAGCACCCACUCCUCCUUGGUGAAUGCUGCCUUCAGAUGCUCACCCAGUGGUCACUGCAUCUAGUAAUAUUAUUAUUUCCAGUACACUUCCUUAGGGCAGAAACACCAGCCUGUCAGGUUUGGUCAGUCCCUUCUCCAUGAAGGGAGUCAUGGUGAAUUCCUGAAAAUUUUCUUCCUUCUGCAGACAGUUGGAUGAGUCCCUUAGAGAAGGCAUCCAGAGAUAUAACCAAACUGAAUAUCACCCCAUAUUGAUUUUAGGAGUUGACUCUAAAAUUCUGUGCAGAAUCUUGUGUUGGGAUUGUAUCUUGACAUUCCUGUUAUGUUAUUUUUCUUAACUGGAGUGUGUGCUGCCUUUCAGGUACAAUUUUUGUGUAAUAAAAGCCAGUGCAUUAAGUUUAUAUAGACUACUUUCUAUGCAAGACUGAGAUAUGGAAUAGAUAGCAAGAGAUAUGUACUGCUGGGUACACGGACAGUAAGUGUGUUUUCAGAUGGAGUACCAGCACCGAAAAUGGGUUGAGGGAGGAUGGGUUGUAUAUGUUUCUGCCCACUAAUUUUGAGCAGCCAUAUUAUGAAUUAAAUCAUCACAGCCAAGUAAUAACCCAAGAAUGGUGUUAGUUUCAUGUGUAAUAGCUCAAAUGGAAUAAGCAUGAAUGCUGGAGUGGACCAUUAUCCUCAAAUAUUCUGUCACUUCUCAUUUAAAGACUCUUGUUAUGAACUAUUAGAAACUUUAGGCAAAAUCAAAAGUAUUUGCGGCAAAAUAAAGGCCUAUUCUACUCUUAUUUAAAGUGAAACACUGUAUACUUGUUUCUCUCCAAAGUGAAAUUAUUUAUAAUUUCAAUUGCCUCGAUAAGUUUCCAAGUCACUGAAAUCUGCUGAAGGUUUUACUAUAUUGUUGCACAAUUUUAAGAUAAUUUUUGUCUCAAUGUCAACUUUUUUCACUGAAUAAAAAUUUAACUGGGUCAAGAAAACACCUCUUUGAAAAUCCACUGUCUCUGCAUGUCUCGAGUUGUUCUUUAGAGCGCAAUAAAGAUGGUUAACGCAGUCUCCAAA